CGAGCGGCCGUGAUGGCGUCAGGCGCCCCAGGAGCCGCUUCGUGUCAUCCGUGGCCGGGAGGCCGCCGCGUCCCGUCGGAGGCUUAGGGGCUGCGGCGCGCGGCAGUGCCCCCACUCCCUCCCCGCUCCCUUUGGAAGUGAAAUUGGACAUAUAUAGAAGGCGAGCAACCAGAACAAUUCCUUCUUGUGUGUUGGAACAUUUAAGAAAGGACAUCUGUGAAACCUGGGGACCAUGGAAAGGACCUGGCCUCAGCUGGUUGGCACUGCAGACUUGAUGGGUCAUCAAGAAGAAGCUAGUGGGCUCCGUGAAGGCGCUGCAGAAGCAGUACGUGUCCUUGGACACGGUGGUCACGAGCGAAGACGGAGAUGCCAACAGCACGUGCAGCGCCCUGGAGGCCGUCUUCCUCCACGGCCUGCACGCCAAGCACAUCCGAGCCGAGGCCGGAGGGAAAGGAAGAAAAGCGCCCACCAGAAGCCUCUGCCUCAGCCUGUCUUCUGGCCCCUCCUGAAAGCCAUCACCCGCAAACACAUCAUCUCGGAAUUGGAGCACCUGAUCUUCGUGAGCACGGAUGUGGGCCGCUGCCGGGCCUGGCUGCGGCUGGCCCUCAACGACGGCCUGAUGGAGUGCUACCUGAAGCUGCUGUUGCAGGAGCAGGCCCGCCUGUGCGAGUACUACCAGCCCACGGCCCUGCUCCGUGACGCCGAGGAGGGCGAGUUCCUCCUGAGCUUCCUGCAGGGCCUGACAUCCCUGUCCUUCGAGCUCUCCUACAAGUCUGCCAUCCUAAAUGAGUGGACCCUGACCCCGCUGGCCCUCUCUGGGCUCUGCCCGCUCUUGGAGCUCAAUGUCCUCACUACCUCUGGCACAGGACUACAGCGGAAGGAGUCUCUGGAUUCCAUCUCCCAUUCCUCAGGCUCGGAGGACAUCGAGGUGCAGCACUCGGGCCAUAAGAUCCGGCGGAACAAGCAGCUCAUGGCCUCCUCCCUCAGCCUGGACACGGCCCGUUCAUCCCAGCUCUCUUGCAGCCUCAACUCUGACAGCUGCCUCCUCCAAGAGAAUGGCUCCAAGAGUCCAGACCGUUCCGAGGAGCCCCUGUCCUGCGACUCAGACCUGGGGGCAGCAAAUGCUGAAGAUUCGGACCCGUCUCUGCAAGAGGUGUUGUCGGAAUUCAGCAAAGCCCAGGUGAACUCUGUGCCCACCGAGGGACUGAGCCCAGAAACGGAGGUUCCCGUGCUGCAGGCCUCGCUCACCCUCCACGGCCUGGACACCAGCACACCCCCGCCCUUUGAGGUACCUGCGGAGCCCCACCCUGCCCAAGCAUCCCCUGGGACCCGAGAUGGGGCCCACACGGGGGAGCCUCUUUCCCAGGUGCCUGGCCCUGGGGGCUGGCUGAAGCUGGGCAUGGCCCAGGCUGUCCUUUUGGGGAGCACUUCAGGCCAGCAGCCUCCUAGCCCUGUGAGAGAGGCAACCAGAGCAGUUGGCCAAGGAAGUGGCCAGCGGAAGCCCCUGGAGGAUGACAAACCUCGGCUGAGCCUUGUGGUUCCCUCACCCACCAGUCCGAUAAACACAAACUGGAUCUCAGAAGAUGACUUCUACCAGCCUCCCCGGGAACAGCCCGUGGAGAGUCCUUCCGAUGCCUCUGUAGGUUCUCCCAGAGGGACUCCAGAGUCAAGGCCUGGUCUCCUCACGCAAGGACCAAGAAGAAGCUGUUCCUUGGAGGCCUUGGACAAAGCUUGCGUGCCUUCCCCAGGAAGCAGGAGAGGCGAGGCCACCCCAGCACCAGAGCAUAAUGACUUCAGGGUGGUGCAUCGCAGGCAGAUGGGGCUGUCCAACCCAUUCCGGGGGCUCCUGAAGCUGGGCACGGUGGAGCGGCGGGGGGCCAUGGGCAUCUGGAAAGAGCUCUUCUGCGAGCUCUCCCCGCUGGAGCUGCGCCUCUGCCUGAGCGGCGAGGAGGGCACCUGCGUGGAGAACUGCUCACUGCUGCGCUGCGAGUCUGUGGGGCCGGCCCACAGCGACGGCCGCUUCGAGCUGGUCUUCUCGGGCAAGAAGCUGACCCUGCGUGCCUCGUGCCGGGAUGAAGCCGAGGACUGGCUGGACCGGGUGCGGGAGGCGCUGCAGAAGUGCCGGCCCCAGCAGGAAGAGGAGUGGGUGACCAUCCAGUACCCGGACCAACCCGAGGACCCCCCAGAGGCCCCCCAGGGUGGCCACCCCUCCCAUUCGGACCUGCUCUCAGAGCCUGAAACCCCCCAGGGCCUGCAGUUGGACUGGUCCUCUUCCCAAGUUCCCGAGCCCGAUGCUAUUAAAGAAUCCCUUCUGUACCUGUACACGGACCGCACCUGGAUGCCCUAUAUCUUCUCCCUGUCCUUGGAAUCUCUGAGGUGCUUCUGCAUGAGAAACAACGAGACGAUGUUAAGUGACAGCCAUGGAGUCGAGACCAUCUGAGACAUCCUGCCGGACACAAGCCUCAGGGGCCCAUCCUUCUUCAGAAUCAUCACAGCCAACGCCGUCCUGAAGCUGCAGGCCGGGAAUGCCGAGGAGGCUGCCCUGUGGAGGGACCUGGUGCACAGGGUCCUGGCGUCCUACCUGGAGACGGCCGAGGAGGCAGUGACGCUCGGCGGGAGCGAUGAAAACUGUCAGGAGGUGCUGAGGUUCACUACGUGGGAGAAUGGCUACCUGCUGCAGUAUCUGGUGGCCAUCCCCACGGAGAAAGGCCUCGACUCCCAGGGCUGCUUCUGUGCAGGCUGCUCCCGGCAGAUCGGCUUCUCAUUUGUACGACCCAAGCUCUGUGCCUUCUCUGGCCUCUAUUACUGUGACAUCUGCCAUCAAGACGAUGCCUCAGUGAUCCCAGCCAGGGUCAUCCACAACUGGGACCUCUCCAAGCGCCCGGUCUGCAGGCAGGCCCUGACGUUCCUGACGCAGAUCCGGGCCCAGCCCCUCAUCAACCUGCAGCUGGUGAACGCGUCCCUGUAUGAGCACGUAGAGCGGAUGCAUCUCAUCGGGAGGAGCCGGGAACAGCUGAAGCUCCUGGGAGAUGACCUGGGGCUGUGCCGAAGCGGAGCCCUGAAGGAGCUGAGCAAGAGAAAUUUCCAAGGAAACUCUAUGUCUUACAUUGAUGAAAAUGUGUGGAAGGCAUACCGUUGGACUGAGACACUGAUUCUCAGUGACAAUCAUUUGACUGAAUUACAUAAGGACUCAUCUGAAGGCUUGCUAUCCGUCCAGUAUUUGAUCUUAGUUUCCCGACCAUGGAUUGAACCCAGGCCCUCGGAGUCCACUGGGCUGCCAAGGAAUUCCAUCUCCAGCUCCUUUAUCAAAGAGGAAAUGCUUGCAUAGUAUUUCUGUUUAUUUAGGGAAAUUUCCAAGGAAACUCUAUUUCUCACAUUGAUGAAAAUGUAUGGAAGGCAUACCGUUGGACUGAGACACUAAUUCUCAAUCGUAAUCCUUUGACAACAGUUGAAGAUUCUUACCUUUUUAAAUUGCCAGCGUUAAAAUAUUUAGACAUGGGAAGAACACACGUGUCACUUACAACAGUUGAAAGCAUCCUGA